AUGCUCAAUAAGCUGCAGGGUCAGCCGGAGAGUUAUGAGAAGAAAUCUCUAUAUCGAUUCGGUCGAACCCUCGGCGCAGGCACAUACGGCAUCGUCCGCGAAGCAGACUCCCCCAACGGAAAAGUCGCCGUCAAAAUCAUCCUCAAGAAAAGUGUCCGCGGCAAUGAGCAGAUGAAGUUAAAUCAUCCUCAUAUCGUGCACUUUCGCGAUUGGUUUGAGUCGAGGGAUAAGUAUUACAUUGUGACUGAACUCGCGACUGGUGGUGAAUUGUUUGAUCGGAUUUGCGAGUAUGGCAAGUUUACGGAAAAGGAUGCUUCGCAGACUAUUAAACAGGUUUUGGAUGCGGUGAGGUAUUUGCACGAGCGGAAUAUUGUGCAUCGAGACCUCAAACCUGAAAAUCUACUCUAUGCUACCACUGCGGUCGAAUCACCCCUCGUCCUGGCCGAUUUUGGUAUUGCCAAAAUGUUGGAAAGCCCUUCUGAUGUCCUCACAUCCAUGGCUGGAUCAUUCGGUUACGCCGCACCUGAGGUCAUGCUGAAAGAAGGCCACGGCAAACCCGCCGACAUGUGGUCUCUAGGCGUAAUCACAUACACACUGCUAUGCGGCUACUCGCCCUUCCGGUCCGAAAACAUGUCCGAUCUAAUCGAAGAAUGCCGUCGAGGCCAAGUCCAAUUCCACGAACGGUACUGGCGCGAUGUCUCUGCCGACGCCAAGGACUUUAUCAAUACACUCCUGACAGCCGACCAAAACAAACGUGCCACAGCAGAGCAAGCCCUGACCCAUCGCUGGCUCAAGGGCGAUACUGCCUCGGACCACAACUUGUUGCCUGAAAUCAAGGCCUACAUGGCUCGCGCAAAGCUUCGUCGCGGUAUCGAGAUUAUCAAAUUGGCCAAUCGUAUUGAAGCGUUGAAGAUGCAGGAAGAUGAUGAAGAGGACCUGAACGGUGCUGGUGUCCCCAGUAACGUGGGCGAAGCCGCGAGACAGGCAGUCGAAAACCGUGAUGCAUCGGAUAUUGUAUCUGCAUUCCCGUCGUUGGCUGUCACGAACCCGUCCGGAGAUACAACAGAGACGAGUUCAUCACAACAACCACAAGAAGGUGGAGUCACCACGAAGAAACGAAGUCUGAGUCGAGUUGCGCGAGGUGACAUUUUCAGAGAGAUUGUACUUGCAAAAGUGCGUGAUGCAAAGCAGGAACAAGAAGCAAAAACCGUUGAGGCAGAGGCGCUUGCCCGCGCGGAGGCUUCGAAUCGAUGA